AUGCUCUCCAAGGAUAUCUACUGGCUGCGUUCCCUUGUUGGCGUUACUGGUUGCAUUUCAUGGGUGAGCUUUUUAACCUUCAGUUGGAAAUACAGACUUCAUGGCACAAGGUUUUCUAUCAUGUUUCAAAAGAAAAGUUCUCGCAGAGCUUGGUCAAGUUCGGGUCGAUUUAUGCCUGUGUUAAUAAAAAUCCAACUCAGCUCUGGGGGUAUUUUAGACUGAAAAUUAAGUGAGCAUUAGUCCCACACUACUAAUUUCUAAUAGUAAAUUUGGCUCUGAUUAGGGUUCAAACUAUUCUAGACAGCUAUUUUCAAUGUAAUAUUUUUGUACUAAAUCCCAUCGAAAAUCUUUUUGCACUAAUCAAAAGAAAUUGGGACAAGGCAAGAAAACAUCUUUCUAUGGAACAAAAGUUGGAAUUUUUUGCUUAAUAAUUGCAUAGACCAAACCCGAUUAGACAACUUGGUAGCCUCCAUGCCCUCUCGCCUUACAGCAACUUUCAAAGCUAAAGGACAAUCGACAAAGUACUGAUACGUUGUAUUUGUUACUAUUUUUCAUCAUUUUGUCGUUUUAUGACGUUCCCUGCUCUGCUGGCAGUUAUUUUAGGCCUUGAAUAAUUGACCUGUCAUAGAGUCGGUUUUUUAUUUGCUAGUUUCGUAAAAUAAAUUAUUUCUUAGACAAUGAAUAAUACUUUAUAAAUCAAACUGUGUCGUAUUUCGAAGCUCAGUCGUUACUUUAAAGCAGUAUGACUUUAGUGAAUGUGGCCAAAGGGCCGAUUGGGUAGCUUUGUCUCAAAGUAGGUUACAAAAGUAUCCGAAGAAGACUGGAACCUCCAAAUGAGAUAUCAAAAAUAAUGUCAAUCUGUGUGGCGGGUUUGACAAGUUCGAAUUCGUGUAUCCAUUUUCAAAUAUGCUGAUGCCCCCUCCAUAUCAUGGCUCAUCACAGGUCCUUUUUAAGAUUGAAGCUUCCUCUUUCUAGUUAGGAAGAUCAAGAGACAAAACCACAUCCUCCACUGAGGAUAUUUGCAACGCUUCUUCGUGGCAGCGACAAUAUUCGGUCAGCAGGUUCGUUCCAUAAAAUGAAACUAGAAAGAAAGCAUUUAGUGCUGAUCCUCUGCCUUCCUGGACCCCAAAUAAAAGCCCAGGAGCACUGUCAAGAAAUAGUGGCACAGUUCGUCCGGGCGUCCAGCUUUUCGAAAAUUCAGACAUUUUCUGUAUCGCCUAAUCGGUUUUCUAGGCAUUCUGCAUGGAAUUCGGUGGCAGCACAAACACGUAGUAUAGCUCGACCCCUUAAUUAACUUUUUUGUCCUUGAAUAUCCGCAUCUUUUCAUCUGCCAUGAUCAGCGUAUAAGAAGGUAAAAUUCUGAAGAACGGAUUAUAUUCAGUCAAAUCGUAUAUAACCUGUGAUUCAUAUCAAGAAAUCUCGUAUAACAUUAGUGUCUUCCCCAAGCACAUCCACCACUUUCGAGUCUUCUUGGAUUUGGGCUUUCUGUACCAUUCCUAUGACGUUUUGAAAUAUUCUUCAGCACUUUCCAUAACCCUCACGAUAGCUGCCAAAGGACGGUCUUCCUCUUACUUAUGCGGUGCGCGACCAAGCUGCGCAAUUGAGCCUACACCAGUACUGGCAAUAAAUCUUUAAUCUUUGAUCCCUGUAGAAUUUACGCUUGUUCAUUGGACAACGACUUCUUUAGUCUUAACAGGCUUCCUAAACGCCCAAUCGCAAACAUUAUGUUUAAGAUCGAUAUCCCUUAAAGUGUGUAGGCUCAAUUUCUAACGUUUUUGAGUGCUAUUUAAUUGCUUGCACCGGCUUGGGCACCUUCCCACACAUUUUCCGGACACUUUAGUCAAAGCGUGGUAAGGAUCGGGUGGAGGCCCCAAGCAUCUGUGGUAUAUAAAGAAUACCUACCAUGCUUAUUUAAGUAGGUUUUAGUCCGAUACGAUUAUUUCGGUUUGGUAUUUCAUCCUACAACGUUGGGUCGUGAUCAGGGAGUGAUCAGUCAUGGUCACUUAUUGUAAAAGACAGUAGGCGCAAAGGAAGCCGCCGUAGAGUAAAAAUAAGUCCCUUACACCCUCCUGAUCAUGUUUUUCUUUAACAACCCACAUUACUGUCAGCUUUUUGCCUGCGGAUCAGUGGCCUACGCAUUGGUCGUAAUCGCCUCUAUGGAGUAUGCCGUCGUGGACCUCCUGGAGUCAACUGAAUUUAAGUCAGGUAUGACGAGUGCUCUCUUUUCAAAGUUCAUCCUAACGCUCCCAUCCAUGACUCCUAAAAGGACUGCUUCUGCUUGCUCUCAGCGGUGCCGCCACAAUGAUCACAGGCAUGAUCGGUAGCUGUGGUGCCCUCCAACUCGCAAAGAGCUCACUCCUUCUGGUUAGUUCACUUUUAUUCGCUCAAAAUAGAGCGCCGCUUGCAUUCUUGUACAAAAGUACGCGUUUCAGUUCCAGAUCUUUGUAGAAAUAGGGCUGAAGAGCAAGUAAAUGAGAUCACGGAACUAUUGAUUACGGCGACCAUCAAAAGUCAGUCUCUACAAGCUCUCAUGCUGGCUGGGUAGCGGUGACGACGUCAAUGAGCCUAACCAACCUGCGCGUGGUCGCUGCAAGCACCUUCUACGUUUGCGCGUGUAAACUUGACACUGUAAACUGACUGACAAGCGUGACUCAAUAAAGGCUCUACAGAAAAGAUGAGUUUCUCAACAGCAAUUUCUCUUGAAUGACAAAAUUGCUGUCUCAGUACACAUCCAGUUUGUGGAAUAGGACGAAUGAAGCCUAAUCUGUUGGUUCGGUUUGCCUUAACUGCUGGAGUUAAUGCAUUAAUGUUUCGUGGUUAGUUUUCGCACGAUGAUAACUUUUAUCUUAGGAAAAUUAUUGCUGUCAAAGAUAAGAAACACUGAAAUGGUCAGUUUUGGCUUACUUAACUUCAUCAGUCAGCCCACUGUGAUCAGAAAUACUCAGUCACACAACGCUGACAUGCAUCAAUCUAUUCUGAGUGCAGAAGGGAAGUGAGCAUUUGUGCUGUUCUUUGAAGCUGAAGGUCUGGCGUCUACACGGGCUGCCCAAUGUCCCUUUUCCUUGUCAAUAUAACCUCUUAGAUUGCUGUUAUCUAAGUCGCUUCUCGGACGCCGGGAUGGGUUGUCGAGCCUCAGUUACCCGAACAAAACGAAAAUACCCUCUUUAGUCCUACAAUCAGUGUACAUCGAUGCACUUCCAUCCCAAAUUUUUUCUGUGCGCUUGACAAUAAUCUCAGGUUGUUAACACAAACUUCACAUUGUGACCUUUAGAUAUUCGUAUUUUUUGAAUAUGCCCAAAGUCCUUUUUGUACGGUAACGUGAAGAAUACACCAUAAGGUCGACAUCUGAAAGUUUGUCAUUCCUGCGUACUCCCACAUAGGACGAGCUUAGUAAUAAAAUGCGUAAACUAACGCAACACCAGACGCCAACUCAAGUAAAGUUAGGUCAGUGUUAAGCGGUCUGCAUGUCUAAGCUUUUGAACUCUUCACUCCUGUUAUUUUGCACAAAGUUGCCAAUUUUGUACUUUCUAUCCACUUCAGUAUUCCUGUGUGGCAACGAUUGAAUGCCUCGGAUUUCUUGCCGCUGGCUCGCUGGCGCUGCAUAGCAGAAUGGGUGUAAGUUUUAUUUUUCUAGCCGGUUUCACGGGUCUCUUCCUUCUAUGAGUGGAUAGACGAUUAUAGCUUCCACAUUAAAUAAAGCGAAUGGAAUCAGGCCAUCAAGCAAUCGCGAACUGUUAAAUGCCUUUACGCUAUUGAGCUGGUCUUUCUUCUGUAAUGAGAAGUGACAUGUAUCUUCGUUAAAGCCUCAUAUGCUCUCCCUCUUCCUCCUCCGAAGGCGUGAGCGGUCGGUGCACUUUUUUCUUCUUAGUCCUGUCCGAUCAGCCUGCGACUGGCAAGUGGGCUGUCUGAGCAGUGGCCAUCAUGUUUACGUGCUCGUGUGGUUGUGCUGCAUCCUACAAAGGGCCGCGCGGGAGUCACGCCGGACCAACCCGCGAGUCAGACCAACUUCCGGCACGCGUUAUCAGGCUGCACACUCAUAACAAAUGCCAUACAUUGGAGUGUAGUGAGACGUCUAGGCGCAGACUUGCGUCGCGCCAGCCAUCAGCACCCGAUCCCACCUCUGGUCUUCUUGACUCUGUCGUAGCAUUGGACCCAGGAGGGUGAGGAGGGAGUGUGAUAUAUGCAGCGCAAGUCCACUAUCACCAUAAACUAGUCUACGCGUAGGUCACCGUCCUUGCACCCACCCUGCUGUGGCGCAUGCGGCAAACAUCGUCGAUAGCCACGACCGCACUGUCCGGCCGUACUGGUGGUUCUACUGUGUGGUGCGGCAUAUCGCGUGUGAUUGGACAGGUGUGAUUAUGACUAAAGUAGCUUGAAUAAAUCGUGGGCAAGUCUGAUUAUGUCUGCACCUUUGUUUUUCGCUUGCUGCCGCGCGUUUUGGAGAACAGUGCCAGUUGUGUGGCUCCAGGCCACUUGUCUGAAAUCAACCGACCAACUCAGAACUAGAGGGAACCGCCUAAAACAAUGCAUUACGACGUCUGCCGCUGGGUUCGACGUCAUGUGAUUGCUGCCCGACGCUCCCGAAUGACAGAGUCCAGCCUUCUUGGGGUUAGCAAUGUGACUUAAGUAAUUGGGUGGGUUACCUGCUACUGUAUAACCAGAAAGAAGCCCUCAUUCAGCUGUGAACCUCCAAAGUAAGGAGCCAAGUCUCGGCCAAUGUAUCUGCAUUUUUCGGAAGCACCAGUCGUUAGGCGCAGCUAACGUCUGUUCGUUACUUUUCCGCGGAGGCGUUUCCUUACAACACUGGAAGCUCUGUUUUGGACUAUAGUUUGCCGGGUUGAACACGACGCCCCGGAUAUAUAUGGGUUAGAUGCGGUUAUUUGCUGCUCCGCCGUCGUUCCUUCCCCCUCCUCAACAUUGUGUGGAAGGAUAUGUAGCAGCCAACCGUUUGGAUAUUCUGGUUGUACACAAGGCGGAGGAAAAAGACAAUAAGAGGCAACUGGACACCAAUUCCAGGAUCCUUUAGUCCCAUGAUCAAGGGCAGACUGAACUUUCUUGGGGAUGGCUCUAUUUCUCCUGCACGACCAGAGAGGUCCGAUGUGAAUAUUUUUUCUAGGGUAAGGUGACACCAUACUAACAGCACAGGUACUAGCCAAAAGCCCAUACACGCGUGUUUCGCCGAUGUUUUGCCGCUGCAUGGCGCAGCUGCGAGGGGUUCGGCUCGUCAGUGGGUCCCCCAGCAUGUCACCUUACCCUAGAUUAUACUACUAGCUGCCUGUAGGCAGUUAAUGAAUAUUACGCGGUUACCCGCUGUGGCUGAUGGACUUUGGCCCAAAUAUUCAUGUAUAAAAUUCUCGGUCUGUGCCUAUAGACCUUGAAUAUACUGAUCUACUCCUACUUCGCACAAAAUUUCUCUGGAAAUUAAAAAGUGACAAUAUUUUUUCUACUUCAGUGUCCCUUGUAGGGGAGUUGUGAGUCUAUUCCAUUUUACAUCUUAGGUCUAUAGGACUGGUUGGAGGGAUCAACUCUUCCUGUUCCGAUGAUGAAGUACACGCCUUCCGCACCGUACAUUUGCGAAUAUGUUCGUAUAGACUAAUAGUAAGCCCUGACUAAAUUAAGGAGCUUUGCACUGUAGAAUAUACUCCCAUGACUUCAAUAGCAACUUUACAUAGUCCGAAAUGCCGCAAAUGAAACAAGAAACCGAGUUAUCUAUCAAAUUUAAUUUACUUUUCUACGACUCAUAAUCGUGUUGAUGCCGAAGUUUUUGGUCGUCAUUGUAAAAAGAAGUAGGAUAGUACUGUUAAGCGGAUGCAGCCAAUUAAAACAUCCAAAAAAUCCUCUAGAAUCAUUGCAUAUCAUUUCUCACUCAGGUUCUUUUUUCCCUAGGGACCGCGAUUAGUGUUAGAUGUUUCGUUCGGUAACAGUAGUGGAACAUGAUAGACGAUACAGCAGAACAGCUGGAGGCGUCUUCUUGCGUGAUUCACUGGUGUUCGUACCAGCGCAUCAGAGCUUACUCAAGGAUAUGAGUAGGGGACCUGUCUUCACUUUUUCUGAUGCCUGUUGACUAAGCAUUUUCUUCCUGUCCCACUGACGGUAGAUGAUCUGAACAACUUCUAAGGCCAAGUCGCACAGUGUCCUGUGUUUGUGGCCCUCCAGGUUCUCACUGUGCCGCUCCUUGUCUGCUAGAGUUCUCAUCCCCUACCUCCAGUCCCUGGGUUUUCGUAAAAUGGCUAAAACGUCAACAGUGUUUGUGUAGUUCGUACUGCUUGGCUCCGUCGCUGUCUCAAGUGGCAAUCGACGAGCGCACUUUCUGGGCUUUUGUCUGAAUACGGUCUGUUUGUGCAGUAAUUCCUUCGUAAUCUGGACACCAUUCAGUUGGUGUCUGUUUGAAUGUCGAGGUGCACUUGUUCAUCAAAACCCAGUUGGUGCCAAACUGACAAGUCGACGAUCACUGCCACUUGGUGCGCAAUGAAAAACUGUCGAAAACACUAAGUCACUCGUACUCUUCAGCGCGUUUCAGUUACCCAGCCUCUUUAGAUCAACAAGGAAGUAGUGUACACACCUUUCGAAACUGAUCACAGAACUCUUGUAGGGCAUUCUGACCAGAACUAACCGCGGAGGAGUGGGCCGUAAGUCGAUUAAAUUGAUAGCUCCCCCUUCGAUGAAAUUUGUGCAGGGUGGAGAGUCAACCCACUCUAUAUGACUUUCACUGUCAUGAAAAUGAGAGGCAAUAUGGAGGGAACUGUCAAGCAUCCUUCUCUAGUAGGAGUGGUUGACUGGAUCCCAUUCUGGCACAUAGUAGCCAGCUUAAAUAGUAUGCUUGUCACCAAAUAAGUGAGCUCACUCUCCACUACGACGGACGGCUGGUCGCCCUGUUGCAGUUACAGAGAUUGAACUUAUCUAUUGUAUGUAGGCCCCUAUCCGGAAAGGUGUACAAACUCCAGCAUGCAAUGCGGGUCCCCACCCAUCGUCGAAAAUGUAAGUUCGCAGAAUUCACAUCUGGUCAGCUAGUAGGGACUCAGAUGUCUAUGACAUGAUCAGUGCGGUGCGCGUUACACGCAGCCACGACUGUCAAGGAAAUACAGUGUAUGGGAGGCCCCAAUUAUCGUCAGAACCCUGAGCAGGGGUUUUGUUUAGCAAGAAGUUGCUGGAUAAUAAUGCCUUGCCUUAUUGUAAACAAUACUCGCGUUGUUAGAAGAGUUUCUGUCUAUGACCUUUCAUAGACGCCAGACUUUUCGGGUUGAUUACCACUGAAGCUUGGUCCGCAGACAUUGAUUUCUGUGUCUUCAAGUGCUCAGUUCACGCGGUUUAGUUGUGAGAACUCUCCACUUUCAGUCGCUAAUGAACACCUGGAGAACCCGCAGUUAAAAUAACAGACGAUCCCUAGUCAUCUUUAGCAAAAGAUAGUCGAUGGCCUCUGCGAAUUUACUCGUCAGUCAGGGCCUUUUUGACCAAGUGCCUGCAUAUUUGCCGUCCAGGGUGUUCACCAGGACUCCUAUUGGAAAAGAAGAACGCAAGAAGAGAGAAUAAAGUUUUGUCUAUCCGCUCUGUCUCCCAUAACUCUCUUCGUUAUCUCCAAAUUUUUGCCCGAAAUGUUGAUAUUCCCAUUUCUUAUUUAAAUUCCUUCCUAGAUGGAGAAGGAUAUCCACAGGAAGUUCGACCAUCUGCUGGCUAAUUUUGAUCCUACUUCCACACCUCUAAAUGCUGAAACGCAAAAACUGGACGGCAUACAGGCCCUGGUAAUAUAACUAUUAUUUCGUAUGCAACCAGGGAUGGGAGACCGAGGAUCACCCUAAAUUUGAGUCUCUUUUUAGUUUCUUUCUCUUAUUAGCAGGUGAAAUCUUACUAUCUGGUUGACUAGGUUCUGUUUCGUCCGCUUUGGCCGUCUUAAUGCAGUCCUCGGCACGGUGUGCAAGGAAAUUUAGUGAUGAAGUCGAGAGGGCAACUUCGAUCAGCCACUUCUAGACGUUGCGAUUCUCCCACGCUGGGUUCAUCGGUGUCGCGAUAAUUAAGACCAUGGGCAAUCUCUAACCACUCAUGAUCAUCGGAUUCGGUCACGAAUAAAAACGAGAGGUGGGUGCCGGUAGAGAGACAGCAUUGUAUUCUGUACAGAAGGAAAGAAGAAUUUAUCGGAGCAAGUUGUCAGCCGCGCAAGGGCACAGACUUCGAAGUUUAUGUGCGUAAGUCUUAGUUUCACCAGGCAUAUUGAGCAAAGGUUACUCGCCAUUUCGGGGGCAUUAAGCGCCGACUGACCAAAUGAAUACCUGUGCUGGGAAAUGCAGCCUGAGUGACCGCCAAUAAGAAUUUCACUAAGUUAAAGGUAACUUCCUCGUUCUGUGUGGGCUUUUUAGACCAAAUUCCCGUAUGCAUUUGGGCGAAUUUUUAAUUAUAAGCCUCGUUAAUAAUGCAAAAGUACCCAGUCAUGAUGACGGACUGGAAUUGGUGAAGAAGCCAGUCUUGACACAAGCGAUAGGUCUGCGGCUAAAAUACACGAACAACCUGACGAUAAGGAAACCUACACUUGUCGUACGUACCAGAGGUCCAAUUCGUGUACGAAUACUAGCCGGUUGUUAUGAUUAUUUGACAUUGUUCACUACUUCUUAGUCGCACGUGGUUUGAGGCGGACACAAACUCGAUGCACGCACCAAAUUCAGCCAAUGAUGACAGCCCGUCCAUCUCGAGCGGUGAUGAAUACUCUGGCAGAGGUUGGGUGAUGACCUUUGCGUUGGUUCAGGUGAGAGUAAUGGAGAUCUUCACAGCUUCUACCACCUACCCCCUUCGAAAGGUAGGGCAAAACCAAGACUGGAGGUGAUUGUAGUCUCGGUGGCUGAGAGGGGUUAAUGCGCUCCAAACGUGCUGCCUCUUAAAAGGACGCAAACUAGGCUUCAAAAAGAGAUCGAAUUCCUCAACUCAGAGUUUCCCUAAAGGUCACUCUGCGAGCUUGUUGCUUUUAAUAGGCCAUAUGGAUUCGGUUGGAUUGGAAGAUCACUACUACAGUUUAUACGACUGGGCAAACAAGCGCUUCGGGACACUUUGGAAUACUUUGCUCGCAAACCGUAUGCGAAACAAUAUUUUCAUCAAGACACAGGAGUAGGAACCCCGAAACCCUGUUCCGCGGGUGCUGUUCUAGUUUCCAGGGAAAUUAGGAUCAGUGUUGAGUUAAGAGUUAGGGUUAGAGUCAAGUCUAAGGUCAGGGUUAAGGUCCGGGAAAGGAUUAGUGUUAGGGUUAAAGGUAGGACACGAGAAUGCUAACCCUUCCUGGAAUUUUGCGCAAGGCCAUUUGUGUUAACGGGAGGGGGAGGGAGGGAGAGGUUCCUACUAUCGUGUCUUGCCCUAUUUUCUCCCGGUAUCGUCCUGCCCAUGGCGUAAAUGAAAGGAUGUAGACGCAAGGACCAACGUAUUGUGACUUCCUACAUUUUUCGUGGUUCGAUACCGCUAAGCAUGCUGGCGGCCGCUUUUUGGCAGGAGACGCAUUGGUUAAUUCUGAACUCACGUACUAUAUCUACCCGAACAUCCAACAACCCGGCUAAACUGUGGUCAGUCGGGGUAGUGAUUUUGUGGGGCAGCUUGACGGAGAAAUAAUUUGCGGGUGUCAGUUGUUAGUCUUUCAAAACACAAAUUUUACGCCACCACAAGCGCUCCAUAACUUUAUUGCAUGCUGACAAGGAUUACCGGGGAGACGCAUGCGUGCCUCUCUUUGCAGCGGCUGGGGGCGUUAAGUUACUCGGACGGUGUAUGAAUCUCCCAAGUAGCAUUCCACUAAGUGACAUAAUAUGGGAUAGGACACAGUUGGGAGGCUAACAAAUAUCCCUAGGAAUAAGGUCAGACUAUUAGAUGGCCUCAAUGCUAAAAUGACACAUUUAAUUUGCAAUUCAUACCACUAUUCGAAUAGCAUACUCCCAGUGGGCCGCUAAUCUGACACCGCGGAGUGUGGGUGGAAAUGCACCUCCUGAUCUUGUGUACUCGGAAAAUACCUCAUCCUCAAGUAAUCAAGCCUCAUUUAGUCAAUAGGCUGACCAUCAAAAAAAUACUGAAAUUCGAAAUUUAAGUCAAUGCGCAUAUCAUCACACAAUCUUUCAUUAUUUUCACUACUACAGUUAAGGUGCUGUGGGAAAAACGGUAAAAAGGACUUUGACUCGGCUGCGACUCCGCACAGUUGUAUUCGUAUGGCAUUUGCUGAUCAGGUAAGAUUAUUUAAUAUAACGUGCAAAAUAACCGAUAAUUGUCCUUUUUCCUGCGUUUUCAAGGGUUGCCUGCGAAUUUCAAUGAAUUGGCUUACAACUGGACUUUUCCGCCAAUCAGUACUUGGAUUUGUGGGGGCCUUUCUGUUAGUAAGUCGACAUUUGAUUCCUUUGGAAACCACUCUUGACAGCUCUUUUCCCUCUUCUUUUCAGCGCUGCUUUUCUGCUCUCUUCUCGGCGUUCUAGAAAAUUCAGCGAUAUAA